UUGACCCGGAAACGAACACGUCAUCGUACUCGCAUUUCCGUGCCAACAUGGCGGCAUCCAUGGCAGCCCAGGUUGCAACGAGAGGACUCGGCGUAGCCGCGUCACAGCACCUACUCCUGAACAGGCUCAAGUGCAACUGGCUAAAUCCGAAAAGAUGGCUGAAUCUUCAGGAGUACCAGAGCAAAAGGUUGAUGCAAGAGUAUGGCGUGGCCGUCCAACGCUUCUUCGUAGCCGACACGGCCUCGGAGGCCUUCGAGGCUGCAAAGAGACUCGAUGCCAAAGAGAUUGUGUUGAAAGCUCAGAUUCUGGCUGGUGGAAGAGGCAAGGGUGUAUUUGACAGUGGCCUCAAAGGUGGAGUGCAUCUAACCAAGGACCCUGCAGUUGUUGGUGAGCUGGCCCAUAAGAUGCUGGGUUUCCAUCUGACAACCAAGCAGACGCCUAAAGAUGGAGUCAAAGUGAAAACGGUCAUGGUUGCCGAGGCCUUGGACAUAAGCAGGGAAACCUACUUUGCCAUUCUAAUGGAUCGCUCCUGUAAUGGUCCCGUUAUGGUUGGAAGUCCCCAGGGAGGCGUGGAUAUUGAGGAAGUAGCAGCCACCACACCAGAACUCAUUUUUAAGGAAGUCAUAGAUAUCUUUGAAGGUGUACAGGACGCCCAGGCAGUUCGCAUGGCAGCUAAUUUGGGUUUCAAAGGCCCUCUGCAGAGACAGGCAGCAGAUCAGAUUAAGAGGCUCUAUGAUCUCUUCCUGAAAGUCGACGCCACUCAAGUUGAAGUCAACCCUCUUGGAGAGACCCCUGAAGGACAAGUCGUCUGCUUUGAUGCUAAGAUCAACUUUGAUGACAAUGCCGAGUUCCGCCAAAAAGCCGUCUUUGCCAUGGAUGACAUGACUGAGAGCGACCCCACGGAGAUGGAAGCGGCCAAGUGGGAUCUCAAAUACAUCGGUCUGGAUGGGAACAUUGCCUGCUUCGUGAAUGGAGCCGGACUGGCCAUGGCCACAUGCGACAUCAUUGACCUGCAUGGAGGAAAACCAGCUAACUUUCUCGAUCUUGGAGGAGGAGUCAAAGAGAGGCAGGUGUAUGAGGCCUUCAAGCUUCUCACGGCUGACCCAAAGGUGGAGGCCAUCCUGGUCAACAUUUUUGGCGGGAUCGUCAACUGUGCCAUUAUUGCCAACGGGAUCACAAAGGCCUGCCGGGAGCUGGAACUCAAAGUGCCUCUGGUGGUCCGGCUCGAAGGGACCAACGUGCAUGAGGCCAAGAGGAUCCUGAGCGAGAGCGGCCUGCCCAUCACGGCCGCAGACAAUCUGGACGAUGCGGCCCAGAAAGCCGUGGCCGCCAUCAAGAAGUAGAAAAGCCCCAUUGAGCUUCCUCAGCGUCCUCCUUGUGGCCUUACUUUCCGCGCCUUUUCCAUUACGGCCACGGAGACGACCUCGGGCCAAAAGCUACUUGGACUUUUUUUUUUUUUUUUUAAC